AUGGUUCUUAGACUCCUCCUCAACCUGAUGGGGGAGUUGACCAUUGGCCUGCUGCUAUACGUGCUGCUGCCCCUAGUUCGAUCCCUGCUGCUGACGAAGGCGGCGCGGGAGUCGGGAGCCACAGACUUCCCCACCAACAUAUUCUCUACCUACGACUUCAUCAUCGUGGGCGGCGGGUCGGCCGGGAGCGUGGUGGCGGCCAGGCUGUCGGAGGUGCCCAGCUGGAGGGUGCUGCUGGUGGAGGCCGGGGGCCCACCGCCCCCGGAAACCCGCGUGCCGGGGCUGCUGGACUUCAACUUCAUCCCGGGCAUCAGUGAUGACUGGGGCUACACCAGCGUCCCGCAGAAGAACGCCCUCGGCAACUUUGUCAAUAAUGCAGGUCGGGUGAUCCAAGGGCGGAUGUUAGGAGGGACUUCCUCCAUCAACGGGAUGUUCUACGUGAGGGGCAGCCCGAGGGACUACGACGAGUGGGCGGCCCUAGGGAACCCGGGCUGGGACUACGCCUCCGUUCUCCCUUACUUCAUUAAAGCCGAAGACUUUCUUGGCCGGCAUCCCAAUCCAAGAGAUCGCGUGAGGGGUCACGGAGGACCCCUGGGGGUGACCCCAGGACCAGAGGGACCCCUAACUCGUGCCUUCUUCCUGGGGGGUCAACAGCUCGCGUUCCCCACCGUAGACAUCAACGCUCACGGUGGCAUUGGGUUCUCUCACUCCCAGUUUACAAUUCGUAACGGCACAAGAAGUUCUACCCACGAAGCCUAUCUCAGACCAGCCUCCUCCAGACCCAACCUGCACAUCCUGCACUCAGCUACAGUCUUACGGGUGCUGAUAAACAAGAAGAAGCAGGCGAAAGGCGUCUUACUGAAACUGGGAAGAAAGGUGUUACGGGUCGGAGCGGAGAGGGAGGUGGUAGUGUCUGCCGGAGCCGUCGGCUCUCCUAAACUGCUCAUGCUCUCGGGGAUUGGUCCCGGGCACCACCUACGUCACCACAAGAUCAAAGUGGUAGCAGAUGUGCCGGGAGUCGGCCAGAAUUUCCAUGACCACAUUGGGGUAAACGGCUUGACCUGGACGGUGCCUGGGACCUCCUUGUCCUCCCUCUUCCAGAUGCUGGGCGCCCUUAAGGAAUAUCUACGCCAAGGAAGCGGUCCUCUGACAACAGUGAAUGCCGAGCUGGUCAACGCCUGGGUGAAGGUUGGUGAUGAGGGCGAGCCGGACCAGCCGGAUAUCCAGCUGUUCUUGAGCAGCGUCGCCACCACGGCGGACAGCGGCGCCCUCUACCCCGCGGUCUGGGGACUGGAUAGGCAAAAAUUUAAGGAGUAUUUCAAGAGUAUAUACGGCAAGGCAGCCUUCAGCAUGAGACCGACCCUGGUCCACCCCAAGAGUCGGGGGACAGUCACCCUCAGGUCCCGGGACCCAAGAGAACCUCCUAACAUUGACCCUAACUUCCUCAGCCAUCCACAUGACGUAGCCAUGCUGGUUAAAGGAAUAAAUUUCACAUUGGCACUGGGAAACACGCCUGCCUUCACUCGCCACCUUAGAGCAAAGUUCUAUGAUAAGGUUCUGCCGGAGUGUAGGGAGCUGGUGUAUGGGAGCGAGUCCUACUGGGAGUGUUACAUUCGUCACAUGGCCACCACCACUUUCCACCUGGCUGGUACCUGCAAGAUGGCGCCUCUCUCGGACCCUCUUGGUGUUGUAGACCACAAUCUAAGGGUACGAGGCGUGUCGAGGCUGCGGGUGGUGGACGCCUCCAUCAUGCCCUUCGUCACCACGGGCAACACCAACGCUCCCACCAUCAUGAUUGCUGAGGCUGCCGCUCACAUCAUCAACACACACUGGACAACUACCAAAUAA